AUGAGUAUGUACGGUAGAGAUCCAUGGGGAGGACCCCUGGAGAUAAAUGCAGCAGAUUCAGCUACAGAUGAUGAUAGGAGCAGGAACUUGAAUGACUUAGACAGGGCAGCUUUGUCAAGGCCAUUGGAUGAGACUCAGCAGAGUUGGUUACUGGGGCCAGCUGAGCAAAAGAAGAAGAAGAAAUAUGUGGAUCUGGGCUGUAUCAUUGUUAGUCGCAAGAUCUUUGUGUGGACUGUUGGGAGUAUUGUUGCUGCUGCUCUCUUGGCUGGUUUUAUUACUCUUAUUGUUAAAACUGUGCCUCGCCAUCACCACAAUCAUGCUCCUUCUGAUAAUUACACUCUUGCUCUGCAUAAGGCACUCAUGUUCUUCAAUGCUCAAAGAUCAGGAAAGCUUCCAAAGCAUAACAACGUGUCAUGGAGGGGAAGCUCAUGUUUGGGCGAUGGGAAAGGUAAACAAGCUAGUUUUUACAAAGAUCUGGUGGGUGGAUAUUAUGAUGCUGGGGAUGCCAUCAAGUUCAACUUCCCUGCUUCUUUUGCCAUGACAAUGUUGAGCUGGAGUGUUAUUGAAUAUAGUGCGAAAUAUGAAGCUGCUGGGGAGCUUAACCAUAUCAAAGAAGUUAUAAAGUGGGGUGCCGAUUACUUUCUUAAGACAUUUAACAGUACUUCUGAUACCAUCAACACGAUGGUUGCACAGGUUGGCAAGGGGGAUACUUCUGGUGGGAGUACCACUCCAAAUGAUCAUUAUUGCUGGAUGCGUCCUGAGGACAUUGAUUAUGACAGACCUGUAACUGAAUGCAGCAGUUGCUCUGAUCUUGCUGCAGAAAUGGCUGCUGCCUUAGCUUCUGCAUCCAUUGUUUUCAAAGACAACAAGGCCUACUCUCAGAAGCUUGUUCACGGUGCCAAAACUCUCUUUAAAUUUUCAAGAGACCAGCGAGGUAGAUACAGUGCAGGUAGUUCAGAAGCUGCCAUUUUCUAUAAUUCAACUAGUUACUGGGAUGAAUUUAUUUGGGGUGGAGCUUGGCUAUACUAUGCAACUGGAAAUAAUUCCUAUCUACAACUUGCUACAAUGCCUGGCUUAGCCAAGCAUGCUGGUGCUUUUUGGGGAGGUCCAGACUAUGGUGUACUUAGCUGGGACAACAAACUUGCUGGUACUCAGCUACUUUUGAGCCGUUUAAGAUUGUUCUUGAGCCCUGGCUAUCCAUAUGAAGAAAUACUAAGGACGUUUCACAACCAGACCAGUAUAAUCAUGUGUUCCUACCUGCCAAAUUUCACAAAGUUUAAUAGAACAAGAGGAGGCUUGAUUGAGUUAAACCAUGGAAGGCCUCAGCCUCUUCAGUAUGUCGUCAAUGCAGCCUUCCUGGCAACCCUAUAUAGUGAUUAUCUUGAAGCUGCUGAUACACCUGGAUGGUACUGUGGACCAAAUUUCUACUCUACUGAUGUAUUGCGUAAUUUUGCCAAGACUCAGAUUGAUUACAUCCUGGGAAAAAAUCCUCGUAAAAUGAGCUAUGUCGUGGGUUUUGGUAAUCAUUAUCCAAAACAUGUCCACCAUAGAGGUGCAUCUAUCCCUAAGAACAAGGUUAGGUAUAACUGUAAAGGAGGAUGGAAAUGGAGGGACACAAAAAAGCCAAACCCAAAUACAAUUGUUGGAGCCAUGGUUGCUGGCCCUGACAGGCAUGAUGGUUUCCAUGAUGUUCGCACCAACUACAAUUAUACAGAGCCAACGAUUGCUGGAAAUGCCGGACUAGUUGCAGCACUCGUGGCUUUAUCGGGUGACAAAACCACUGGGGUUGACAAGAACACCAUAUUCUCUGCAGUUCCCCCAAUGUUUCCAACUCCACCACCACCUCCUGCACCUUGGAAACCAUGA